GAUUGUAUUGAUAAGAACAAUUAUUCACAUGCAUUUAUUUAAAAGUGAAGGAUACUGAUCUCUGAGUGAAGUUACAUGCGACCACAGAAGUGCCAAGAACUACUGAAUCUAUUAAGAAAAACAGCUGGUAAUUGACAAUUACUGCAUGCAGAUUGAUGGGAACAGUUCAUUUCAACACAAUCUGAAAAAUAACUAUAUGGGGUAGCGAAUUCCAUGUAACUGAAGUUACUGAAAAAAAACGUUUACUAGUUUUCAAAAUGAUAUUAUGGCAAAAUGCAACAAUCUUAAUCUAUGAAAAUGUAAAGAAGGGUGUAUUUAAACGAUCACUGUGAAAUCCCUUGAAGAAUUCUUGAUUGGGCUGGAUGAAGAAUGUGUAGUUCCAUAGUGAAUGCGGUGACAGGCACUAACCUAAGCUCAGAUAUUCUGUCUUGCAGAAAAUUGAAAUAAUAUUAUUCAUAAUCCUUAUAAUAUAAUUUAUAACUGAUUAAAACUUCGAAUGAUUGUACACUGCCAUUACGACAUGACAGAAACUUCGUCAAUUCACUGCUUCACGCGGUGUCUUACGAGAUGUUUCGGAGUCGGGAGACGUACCAACGCUACGAAAAGCACAGCAGAACCAGCGCAAAAUGGAUGUAUGCGUACAGAAGAUGACAAAUCGAAAGGAAAUACUGUGAAAACUCGCGAACCACUUCCAAACGGCUACAACAAACAACUAUUGCUAGGUGGUGAAAAAUCUUGUUGUGUCCCUGUGAUCAAAAGUUACUCCAAUGAAUCUCCGUAUAUUUACAGUCAGCAUUCUGGCGGAAAAAUGGUUUUAAACGAGGAUACUGUCAAUAUUUCAGAAGGUCAUCUACCAAACAUUAAUGAAAGGGCUGAUAAUGAAAAAAGCUUUUCUAGGAUCCAAAAUAUAGAUGCAAAAACUGAGCACGACAUGGAAUUAGUGUCAUUGAGUAACUGUAAUGACCAGACUUCAUUAAUUAUUGGCGAUAAAUCACAAAUAUUACAGAAAAAUAAUUAUAAGGAAUUGCCUACAAUACAGUCUGAUUCAGACAAACUUUCCCCAUACAAGAUUCGUAUUGCAGUAAAUAAUACAGAUCAUACAAAUGCAUUGGAAAAGGACAUUUCAUCAAAGAAUGCUGUAAAUAUUAUAUCGGAAUCAAAUGAAACCAAAGUAUGUUCAAGAACAAAUAGUUAUAACGAUCACUCAAGUUGUGAUUUAGGCUCUGUUGAAAAGACAUACUCUAAGCCUGCUUUGCUGAAUGAAGAUUGUAGGAUUGAAGAAAUUAAUAUGAGGAAAUUCCCACAAAAUAAUUUGGAACUUUCCCAUCACGAGACACCUAAAAUAACAAAUGAUGUUUCUGAAGGAGAACACGAUAUCUUAUACUUCAAGAAUUUACUGAAACAAGAAACUAGUAAACUUGAACAACUACUACAAAAGUGGGAAGAAGUUUUGUUGGAUCAUCCACACAUUCAUGAAGAAGUUUGUGAUGAAAUUCGUUCGCUAAAUGGCCAAACUCAUUUGGUUAUAUCAGAAAGAUUCACGCAAUUCAAAUCACUAGUGGAACAAUCUGAAAAACAAGCCUUACAUCAACAACUCAAAGACACAAAAAUAAUAACUCUCAGUGAUCUCCAAGGUUUUUGGGAUAUGAUUUAUUAUCAAGUACAAGAUGUUUCAACUAAAUUUCAACGACUUGACAAAAUUGAACAAAGCGGUUGGAAUCAUGAGAUAUUGCAUGAAAAUGAUAAAAAACUUGCUCAGAAAAAGGUGGUGAAGAAAACAACUAAUGCUAGGAAAAGGGGGAACACAAAGUCUAAAAUAGUGGCUAAUCAAUCAAAUGGUAUUUCGGAUCAAGAAAAGGCUCGCAGAAUAGCAGCCAGAAAACGACUAGCUGAAGCACGGAAAAAGAUGGCAGCUCAAAGUCAAACUCAAAAUGGAGAUAUAAUGCAGUAUUAGAAAAUAGCACUUGUUCUGCAGUGCAUAAUAGACUGCCUCAUAGAUGAAUAAUGUUUUAUUUAUGCUGCCAUAAAAAUUUUAGCAUUAAUAGCCUUGUUCCCAUUUAGCGAAUACAUUUUACCUUCUGUAUGUGAACUAUGUUGAUUUUACUGAUUGAUUUUAGCAGUAUUGUAUAAGUAUUACUGAUAGUGCAUUUGACAUUCCUCGCAACCUGAUUUUAGAUAAACAUAGUUACGGAAUUGCCAUUGACAGAUUAGCAUUACAUGAUAACUCUUUUUAUUCCCAUCUGAAAUAUUGUCUAAUAAAUCAUAUAGUGAUGUCAUAUCUGAAUAGUUGGUUAUGAUUCUAUGAAAAUAAUUCAACAUCUGCUGUAGUAUCAUAUUUAAAAUUUUCUCAACAAGACCAUCAUAAAUGCCAUCGUCUUCUCCCUGGAAUUGUCUAAAAUAUUUGUCUUAUUGCAAGGAGUCAAAUGCAGUGAUUUUCAACCGGUUUUUUGUAUGGAGCAUUGGUGUUUAAUGGAAGACAUAAAGACAGAAAUUAAAAUCAUUGAGCGCUUAUUUGGUGUCAACUAGUCUGUUGCAUGAUGGUGGACUUUUUGCUGGGUAUUAUGCUUUCAGUAUCUCUUUUCUAUUCCAAUACUGAAUAAAACAAUAAUUAGGUAGUUAUUUGGAUUGUUUUCGAAAAUCAGAAAUUUUUUUACGGUGUUCUGCAAACAAUUUAUGAUAUUAAAAGUGUUGAAAAUCUAUGUCUAAAUUUGGAUUUUAAGACCCUUCAGAAACAUUGGAUACCCCCAGUUUUGUUAAAAUACCUUCUGAACGGUGUUGUUAUUCUUCACUAUUCGGACAUGGUCUUCUCUUCACUGUUACUCAUAUUGUUUAACAAAUGAUAUUUUCAUUUCACAAACCGAAUAAUUCAUAGUUAAAUUUGCUAUUAGGGAUCAUCGCUCAGUCAUACACUCGGUCGGCUAAAUUUUGGUUAUUUUAUUUUUAAAAUUUAAUGCUCAAGACAAAGGAAUACUGUUAUUAAUUGCUUUCCUUUGUGUCACUUAUAUAUAUUUUAUUUAUUGCAAUUUCAUUUGCAUGCUUGCUUUCAAGUAUUUUACUCUUUGUUAUAGCUUUUAUAGGACUCCUUUUUUACCAAAUUUUAGUUAAGUUAUUUUUCUAUUGUACAUAUUAGCAAUUGAUAACAUAGUAAUUCUGAAAAUCAUUGAAGUCAGUCAAAAGUUUGAUACAAGUACAAGGGGUUAAACCAUCUGUGAAACUCAUUACACAAAGAUUUAAUCUGAUCUACACCUCAUUCAAGAAAAUAAGGAGGGCUAUGGUGGAUCUGUAACAUUUAUACUUAUUCAACUUUUGGUACUUUGUGGUAAUUUCAUUGUUUAAAGGACCUUAUAACAGAAGGAGUCCGUAAAAUAACCAGACCAAAUUCUACAGUCCAUAGAAAGUAUAAAAUUAGCUUGUAAGAUGUCUGGCUUUUGGUUUCUUCCUGUAAUUUUUUGUAAAAUUUAGUUUACUUUUAUGAUGUUCCAAAUCAGUGUUUUAUUUUUGUUUUCAUCUGCUGUAUAAAUGCAUAGUACCAAACAGUUGUUGUCU